AAUAAAAAAAAGUUGUGUAUUCAACGCACACUCGGGUUUGGGUUUACCACAUACACUUGUACGUUUCAGGCUAGGUGGAGUCGCGUAUUGUGUGUGUUCAUUUUUCAUUUCCAUAAAGCAUAUUCAUCUUUGGGCGAAUCACAAUAGAAUAUGACGAUGACCUCACCAAAACCUUUCAGCCACUGAAUCAAGUUCGCAUACCUCCAAAUCACACAGGCAUACAGGGCGGAGAGGCGCAUAUAAUUUACAGAACACGUACAGAGGUAAAAAGUUGACACCCAAAUGUAACGAGCGCAGUGGUUCUGUACGUGUUUUGUAGCUUUCGGGAAACCAUUUUGAGGAGAAAUUAAGAGGGUAUUUCGUGGCGUCUUUUUCAAGAAAAAUGGCGCUUACUCCGUAUCACUGCUACUGUUGCCUAUCCCAUCGUAAAGGUGGGAUGUUGGGCGCCAUUAUUACUCUGAUUAUUUCUGCAGCCAGUGCAGCUUACUAUGUCUGGGUUCUGCUCGAUAUGUACACACGAUCCAAUGAGUUCACAAACCAGAGCUAUUUCACAGCGGUAUUGGUUCUGCAUUACUUCCUGAUUGCCAUAACUGGAAUUAUCUUCCCUCUCCUCACCCUGAUCCUCUUCUCGGGGGCGUACUGGUACUAUUCGAUUCCAGUGGCAUUCUUUUCGGUUAUGGCAUCGUUUGGAUCUAUUCUGGAGCUCGGAGCCAUCGUUUUCUUCGCUGCAACAUUCAACAGCACCUACGUGACGACGGGUGGACUUGAGGAUGAACCCCUCAUUCUGGCAGAGAUUAUAUGGUUUUGCUUCCGGUUCAUCUACAUGCUUCAUGUGAUCUUCGCAUCCUGGGCCUUAUACCAAGAGAACAGCUCAGGAAACCAACAAAAGAGCUCAACCUUCUAAAUCAGUCAUGAAGCUUUGUUAAACGUAAAGCUCAUUGAAGGCCAAAAUUGGAAGACAAUGUUUACUGGUCACAUUAAACUAAUUUAAAGUAAUUGGCCCAUAUUCUGAACUCGGGUUUAAAUUAAACCCUGGUUUAAAGUUGUGGUUUGACUAUGGAGAGUUAAUUGGGGCACAAAGCCUUUACAGUCCACAUCCAAUUUAUUAACUCAUUUGACUCUCAAAUUGUUCUCGAGUGUCUGGGAAUGAUAACUGAAGUAUUCUGAAUUAUAUUUUCUUCACUAUGAAAGUAACAGGAAACGAAAUAGUAAACAUAAAAGAUAUACAAUAUAAACAGAAUUUUUGAAUGUUUGCCCCCCAUAAUUUUAGCACAGAUUUAGACUGUGAUCUAAGUUAAAACUGACUUCAGAGUACGGGCCAUGAUGUUUAGUAAAAUAAGUACCAAGUGAAAAGAACAGUAUGUUCACAGUGUAAAAUAUGUGUUUUGUAAUGUGGACACAUUGUAUUCUCUCCAGACUACAAAAUCUAAAAAAGGAACUGAAUAAAGACAAUGGUGAAUGCUUGCCAACUUGCAUUUAUCAAGCCAAUUAUGCUGUUUGCUCCUCUCAGUUUCUACUUUUGCUUUUGAGAAGUGCAAGUUGGAAGGGUACAAAUCUGCCUUUACUGAUUGCUACUUUUUUUAACUAAUUAAAUGUACAUUGUCUACUUAUUUGACUAAAAUAUCAUAAAUCGUCCCUAAAUAUACAUGUAUAAGAGAAUCAAAUUCAAUUCACUUAUCAAUAUGUAAGAACUAAACAUCUCAGAGUUUUACGUCUUGGGUUUGGCAUACAUGUACAUAUUUGUCUGUACUACUGUAUGAAAUAUGUUUCAGAAAGUUAAGGUAACUGAAUAAAAAAAAACAUACAAUUUAUUGGCCUACACUCAGAUUGAAAUAAAACUGUUUUGGAAGUCUAUCACAGUAAUUAGGGGUAAUAUUCCCUGGAAACAUUAUAAUCAAUUUAAUGAACUUCCACAACAAGUAUACAAUGGUCUGUGAAAUCUGUAAAUAUACGAAACAAUUAAUUUGUACACCAUGAUAUAAUGUGACGAAAAUGUAAAUUUAUAUAUAUAAGCUUUUGCUGUUAUCUAUCAUUUCUCAUUUUAAUUCUCUCUCUCUCCCUCUCUAUCUUGUAAUUUAAGAAAGAAAAUACUGACUCUUUUUGCUUUAUCAAAACAACUCAUCAAAUAUUAUCCUUCCUUCUUAUCUUUAUAUACUUUAAGUUUAUCUCACUACAUAUUUAUAUUACUUUAGAAAAUUGUUAUAAUCAUUUCUUUUCUUCAUUUUUAUCAUAGCUUAACAUUUAUUAUAAUCAUUUGAGGCUGAAAUCUAGAAAGAAAAUUGAGAACCUAGUCAAUUUGAAAUGUAUAUAUCUAUAAAAUGUCUGAACAUACAUGUAGUCAUCAAAAAGAGGUCAAGUCCAGUGUUCUGGUUCUGGAACAUCAAAGUGCAUUCCAUUUAAUUUUGUAUAGUGCAUACAUUUCCUUACAACACAGCAUCCAAAUUUUGUUUAUCAAGAGCGUCUUCACAUAAAUCAGGUAAAAUAUUUAUAAAAUGAUUCACAAUAAUUAAGUCCUUUCAUUUAUUCACUCUGGUGAUGGGGUAGAUGUAUUGAAAGGUUCCUCUUGUGUUUGAACAAAAUAAAGUGUUUCAUUCCUAUGUUUUAGUGCCAUGCAGACAUUUGUUUAUUUGAAUGUUUGGUUGUUUUUCCGUUAUUGUUGUUGCCUAAUAGGCUGUGGACCAUAGACUUAUCUCUUGUUUAAUCAAUGCCAUGAUUUAAGCCUGGGCUAAAGUAAGGGGAAGCCAAUAGUGUCAAAAUUGUGUUUACAUGUAGGCUACACUGUGUCCUUCUUGUGGUGGGCUAUUUCACCAUGAUUUAAUGAUGAAGAAAACAAACUAUAGUAUUGUCUCUAUCAUUUCCAGGCAAUCUGUAAUGAUUCAAAUGGCAAACAUGAUGAUUAAUGAUUUACUGUGAAGUUCAGAACACAGACCUACAAAUAACAUUUUCAUUUCAUAUCUCAGUAUAUAAUUAGCAAUUUGAAAUGAAACAAAUCUCUACCCCCCCCCCCCCCACCUGCAAAACUACAAUAAAACUCAAAUUCAUACAAGUCCAGUUAAAGACAAUCUAAGGGGUAGUCUUGUAUUUUAAUUAUGAAUCCUGGCAAGCUGCCACAGGGUUUAUUUUUAACAUAAAUGUUGUCUUUCAUUUCAUAUUUUUUUAAAGAUAAAAUAUUUGCCUAGUAAAAAAUAUGUGAAACAUUAAUGUCUUUCAUUUCAAAUAUGAAUUUUAGAAUAAAAUGCAAGGACCAAAAACUG